AUUCAAACUGAAGAAGCUGAUUCCUUGCUCCUCAACCAAAUCCUCCACUCUUGAAACCAUGUGCUACUACAGCAACUACUAUGGUGGUCUGCGUUAUGGCUAUGGAGGCCUGCGCGGUGGCUAUGGCUGUGGCUGUGGUUAUGGCCAUGGCUAUGGGGGCCUGGGCUGUGGCUAUGGCCGUGGCUAUGGCGGCUAUGGAUAUGACUGCUGCCGCCCAUCUUGCUAUGGAAGAUACCGGUGGUCCUGUGGCUUCUACUGAGAAAUAUCUGGCAACUCAACCUCGUGGUCUCUUCCACAUGGACUUCCUAAAUCUGCCUUCAUAAUUCUUCAUAUGAGUAAUUCAUUUUUCUGUUGUAAAAUGUCAACAUCAUCCUUAAGUAUCUGGAAGCAAAAAUAGGUCAGAUUUUGCAAGCCUCA